GCGGAGAUGGCGGACAGGCUGUACGCAGGCGGCGAGGACUACCAGAAGGAGUUCCGCCCUGGGGACUACCUGCGCACCUACUACGCCUUUGACUCCGGGCCUGUGGCCGAGAACGAGAUCCUGAAAUUUAACCUGGAAAAUCUCUUCCAAACUUUCUCCGCAGGAGGAGUUGGGGGCGACGUCCUGAUUGACAUCGGCUCGGGCCCCACCGUCUACCAGCUGCUGUCGGCCUGCGAGGCCUUCCGGGAGAUCAUCGCCACCGACUACUUGGAGCAGAACCUGCAGGAGCUGCAGCGGUGGCUGAGUGGAGAGCCCGGGGCCUAUGACUGGUCCCCCGCGGUGCAGUACGUGUGCGAGCUGGAGGGAGACAGGAGCAGGUGGCAGGAGAAGGAGGCCCGGCUCCGGAAGGCAGUGACGCGCCUGCUGCAGUGCGACGUGACCAAGCCUCAUCCGCUGGAGCCGGCGCAGGUGCCGCCGGCAGACUGCGUGCUCACCCUGCUGGCCCUGGAGAGCGCCUGUCCGGACGUGGCCGCCUACCGCGCGGCCGUGCGGGCCCUGGUCGGCCUGCUGAAGCCCGGCGGGCACCUGGUCACCAUGGCUGCCCUGCGCUCCCAGCACUACAUGGUGGGUGCCAAGAAGUUCUUCGGGCUCUACCUGGAGAAGGAGACGGUGGAGCAGGCUGUGCAGGAAGCGGGCUGCCAGGUGCUCCGGUGCGACCACCGCCGUCUCAGCUACUCUGAGGCCUGCUCCAUCAACGAGGGCGUGUGCUUCGUGGUCGCCCGCAAGGGCCCCGCCCCCUGAGGUCAGCCUGGCCAAGCGGGGAAGUCACGGUCCCCAGGGGCACAGUCCUGCUCCCUCACCCCCUAAAGGCCAGAGCUCCGCCCCUUCUCUCCUCUGACCUGCUCCCAAGGUCACAGGUGCAAAGCCAGGGUCCCCUGGCCCCCAGCCUAGGGACCUGUCCCUCAUGCCCCUCCUUUGUGACCCUGCACCAAAGGUCAUAAAAAUAAAGUGGA